UUGUGCACCACGGGCAUCACGGUCACUCUGCUCCACACCUCGACGCGCUCCACCACCUCAAGGCGACCCCACCGCUUGACCUCUUAGACCAGAAUGGACCCCUGUGCGGAGAACGUGUACGAGAACCCAGAGGCCACCUACCAGAACGAGUCGUCAGGUAUUUAUGAGCUGACCUAUGAGGCACCGUACGAAGAGCCCUCCGACCUGACGGGAGGGUACGUGAACACUGGACGGGCAGCGAGCCCACCUGCCCUGCCCCCACCCCGCAUUACCACUGAGGAGAGGCGAGGCAGCUCCUCUUCCUCCUCCUCCUCAUCCUCAUCGUCUCAUUCCUCGCACGCGGAAGAUGAAGAGAAAGGUGAGGCAGAGGACUGGACGAGGGAGGAGGUGAAAGAGGAAGAGUCAUCAUCAGAAGAGGAGAAGGUAGAGGUGGAGGAGGUGAAGGAGGUGGAGCACAGCAGCACAGUGCUGAACUGGGAGAUGGGGUCUCCCGAGGCCGACGUGGACGGGGAAAGAGGAUCACGCUGGUCCUCGUCCUCGUCAUCAUCUUCAUCGGCCUCCGAGAAGGAGGAGGCUGAGGAGAAGGCGGAGGAGUCCGGAGAGGGGGAACUGAAAGUCACACUUUACGUGAAGGCUGGGAGUGAUGGCGAGAGCAUCGGAAACUGUCCCUUCUCGCAGCGCCUCUUUAUGAUCCUCUGGCUGAAAGGCGUCGUCUUCAAUGUCACCACUGUUGACCUGAAGAGGAAACCUGCUGACCUUCACAACCUGGCUCCGGGGACACACCCGCCCUUCCUCACCUUCCAGGGGGAGGUCCUUACUGACGUCAACAAAAUAGAAGAGUACCUGGAGGCGAUGCUCGCUCCACCAAAGUAUCCCAAACUUGCAGCAAAGAAUCGUGAAUCCAACACGGCUGGAAAUGACACAUUUGCCAGGUUCUCUGCUUAUGUCAAAAACACGAGACCAGAUAAAAAUCGAGCAUUGGAGCAGAGUCUAGACAAGGCCCUGGCUAAACUGGAUGAGUAUCUGAUGAGCCCCCUUCCCGACGAGGGUCAUUCAGGAGAAUCCAGACGCAAAUACCUGGACGGAGAUGAACUGACGCUGGCUGACUGCAACCUUUUGCCCAAACUCCAUGUCAUCAAGGUGGUUGCGAAGAAAUACAGAAACUAUAACAUCCCGUCUGAAUUCAGGGGGGUGUGGCGCUACCUUAACAACGCCUACGACCGAGACGAGUUCACCAACACGUGCGCUUCUAAUGUGGAAAUCGAGCUAGCCUACAAGGACGUUGCGAAGAGGUUGGGGAAAUGAAUGCAUCACAGCCAUGGUCACUUUAGUACCCUUCAGCCUUUUUUUUGUCUUUAAAUACUAGUAAAUCACAUGUCUGGCUGUAUAGCAUCUCAAGUCUGAUGCCUCUGUAAAAACACUGGCUUUAAACAAAUGGAAGAAGGUGUUUUAUUAUGCAGUAUUGAUAAUUGUGCUGUUGAUAUUUCUCCAAAGAAUGGUGUGAUUUUCAUUUAUUGAGGGAAAAAGUUCUCUCUUUGGCCUUUCCAAAACCAAUAGUACAAGAGGAAAAAGUGAAAAGAAUGGUUUAAAAAGUAAGCUGCAAUCGUAAGCAUGUCCGGCUAACUAGCAGAGGCGAGGGUAAUGUUAGUGGCUCUGUCCGGCUCCUCGUUGGAUUUGUUUACACUCAAGCAACCCCAGACGAUGUUAACCCAGAUAGCGCUAGCUUGUGUUUGCUAAACACAUCAGCAAUUCCAAAUCCUCAAAGCUAUUUCUGUCCUAACUUUUAAAGUGAAACCUACUGAUUUACAUUAUAAGGUGUGUAAGCUAAUUAGCCAAACAGUGUUAUUAUAGAAAUUCAAUCAUCCUCUUAAAGUCUUUCAGCAUUAUAUUGUUUAUAUGGCUAUUAAGUGCUCAUUAAAUAACCUUUUUUUUUUUUUUUUUAAAGAUUCUGGUUUUAAAGGGGCAAUAUGUAACAAUUUGGCCACAUUUGGGCGGCACAUCACCAGAGAAACCUCUAACUGCUGGUAACUGUCACUGCCAUUAGCUUGUUUGCUCAGUUAGCUGUGCAGCUAUACUGCUUUGAGCUGGGAGCUCGGGGGUCAGGGGACUGCCAUAGGGGCUUUGGACAGGAUAUACCGGUGCAAGCUGGUUUCACAUGCUAACUUAGGUAGCUAUCUCUAAGUAAGACAACACAUAGGCAUCAUAAUGUAAAAACUGCCAUUGAUCCAAAUACUAAGAGAGUAGUUGUCCACCUCUGUCUGAAAUAAACAAGCCAUUGUUUUAGAAAUUACCCAGAACUGUCAACUGCUUGUAUGCGAGAAUGUAAAAGCUUGACAGGCGUAGUGACCAGGAGUGUUUGGGGACAUGUCAAAAGCUAAGAGGUGAAGUAUUAUGCGUUUCUGCUCACAGUUAAUCUGCUUAUUAAGCCUUAGGAAUUUAAUGUCAUGAGUUUCUUUUUACAUAUGUAUUAUUAAUAGUAGGAAGCAUAAAGCAGGGUUUGAUUACUUGGCCUGUCUUUCCUCUAUGGCUUUUGUUGGGUUGAAUUAGACAAGAAAGGGUUGUUGGAGAAAUACUGUUAAGAAUGUGUUUCAGCCAAAGUAAUUUGUCUUUUAUUGGUGCGGUGUCAGCCCUGUAGACUUUACAGACGUGGCGCCCUCCGUUUCUUAACGAGGCGAUGACUGACCCGUUCAAUUUUGUGUUUAUUUGUACGCCUUGGCGGUGCAACAAAGAUUGCUUAUCUCCUCCAAAAUCCCACUUUUACAACUUUGCACUACAGUUUAUGCCUUGCGCUAUCAAUCCUUGUCCAGAAUGGUCACAGUCUCACAGUAUAUUUCUCAGAUUAACAGUGCACAGUUAAGUCAUUCAGCUUGAUGAAAAGCAAGGGCGCCCAACAAACCCGGUUUCACCCAAGCUGGUGUGCUGUCAUGCUAUUUAAUGAAUGUAAUUUUAAUCACGAGUGCCUUAGUGGGAAUCAAGCUCUCUCUCUCUCUUUCCCCUCUGCCUUCAGCUCUUUGUGUCUGUACAGUAAAUUAUGUUUGAAUAUAAUAUGAAUGUGAAUUAUUGAUGUCAUCAGAGGGCUUCUCGUGCCCCCGGAGCCGUGUGAUUAUAAUAUAAAUUUAAUAUUUCUGUAAAUGAUUGUUGCUUGACUGUAUUAAUAUUCUGUCUGAUGAUUAGAACCAUGAACCCACUGUGUAUAUGCUUAUUUGAAUAAUAAAUCUAUUUUCUCAGAGACUAA